UGCAGUGUCUGUGAAAGUGAGGUGUCUGCCUCCGAGCCGCUGUUGCUGAUCGUGCGAACGCGAACGCGUUUCGAGCUUAGCAAAUCGUGGAAGCGCAGGUCCAGGGCCGCUCUCUACAUCUGCCUCCAGUUUGGAUAACACGCCGCUGGCUGUUGACUCCCGCAGCUUCGCCAUGGGUGUGCGUUCUGCUUUCUGCAGGCCUGGCGUCUGCCGCUACUGCUGUGUCGUCAACGCGUUGGUCGCCGUGACAAUAUGGGUUGGGGUAACCCUCCCGCUGCAUGCCCGUUGCUGCUUGCAAACCGCCGCAGUCGCCGUUGUAGGGCGCAAAGAAACGGGCAGAGAAGUGUUCAUUUAUCAGUAUCUUGUUCAAGAUGAAUGGGUUCAGCACAGGAGAGGAAGACUCUCGAGGCGCUCCCGACCAGGUCUGCUGUCUGGUGGAUGAGGGGGACAGGUGCAAACGCAUCGCUGGCAAUGCCUCCUACAGCAAACGCAUUCAAAAGACUGUCACCCAGAGGCGACUCCGGUUACACUUGGAUGCUAUGGCACGGCACAUAUACAUCUGCGACUACCACAAGAACAUGAUCCAGUGCGCAAGGACCAAAAGGCGAAGAAAGGAUUCUGAAGAUGACUCCAAUGAAACAGACACUGAUCUGCCUGAGGUGGACCUUUUCCAGCUCCAAGUUAAUACCCUGCGCCGCUACAAGAAACAUUACAAAGUUUCGACCCGACCAGGCCUCAACAAAGCUCAGCUUGCCGAUGUGUUAAUGAAGCACUUCAAAACAAUACCAGUCAUAGAAAAGGAGGCUUUGACAUUUUUCAUUUACACUGUUAAGUCAAAUAGCAAUAAACUUGAACAGAGGAACGGUGACUCCAUUUGAAAUAAUGUACCACUAGAUUGUAGGUAGGUUUUAAUAAAUUUUAUUUUAUCAUAUAAUUUAUAUGUACUAAAGUAUUUUGUUUUCUUUUAAAAGAAAUUUUAUCCUUUUAACUAAAAGGAUGCCAUAGGCACUAUGAACUGUAUUUGUUAUUGCUCCUUUUCUAAUUGUUUGUCAAGCUUCUCAUCAUGGAGAAAUAAGAAACUUAUGAAUUUGUUAUAUUGAUGUAGAACCUACUUUGUAUCUAUCAUUACAUGGUUUCUAACCAGCCUAAUCUGGCCCCCUAGUCUUGUUUGAAUUGACUUGUGUUCAUGAUCUUGAAGAUUGUUCUGCAGUUCUCAAAUUCUGCAUUUUAUAAUGUUACUCAGUGUCAUACUAUUGGUUCUGUUGAGUUUAUGAUGAAGUGUUAUAAAUUGUGAGAGUUAGUGUAGCCUUGCUAAAAUCACUAAAAGUCUUCAAUUGACAUAAAGCUUUAAUAAUCUUCUAUGUGAUCAUUUACACAUUAAGUCUAUCUGCUAUUUGUCUUCUUUUAUAUCAUCAAGUAUGUAGUGAAGAAGUUAAAUGCUGCUCUCAGAUAUGACAGGGUAGUUUCUACUUCCGUAGUAUUGCUAGAAUCUUCUAUGCUUGCUUACCAGCAGUAGUUCACACUUAUGAUCAUUGCACUCAUUCCUCUUGUAAGCUUAGUAUUCUUUUUUUAAAAAAAAACAGUGGCUUUUUGUUGACGCUCUAGGCUUGUAAAAAUUUUCUCUCAGAAGGGCUGGGGAAACAUCAAUUACUUUUAAGGUUGCAAAGGUGUGAUAUCAUGUUACGACAGUUACAGCUAUGAGUAUUGACUGUGCCAUGUUGAUGCAAUUGUUGUUUUAUUUUAUUGUUGGCCUUACUCUUCCUACUAAUAAGCGGAGACUGCUUAUUGUAGCUUUGUGGUUGAAGGUCGCUCUUGCCUGCCACAUGGUGCUCAAUCUCAUGGUUACCUGGCUAUAUGUAAGUGGUUUUCAUUCCACCCAAGAGUGCUUCCUUCUGAGUAACAUAAAAUUGGCGGCCAUCAACUUAGAUGAGCCCUGUAAGGUUUUGUUUACAUUAAGUAACUGAUAAGUAAAAUGGCUAUGAAUUCAUAAUAUUUUAUGAGGAAUUAGUAUUUCAAAUGUAUCUCAUUAAUUACUUCAAUCACUUUUGAAAUAGUAUUUUUUGUUGCUUUUAAAUUUAUGGUUGUCCAUUCAUUGUUUUAUGUUCUUGGAGGCAAUUUUGUGUUCAUCAAUUUUGAUGUAUCUGAAGCUAGCUAGCUAGCUGAUAAGUAGCUUUAUUUAGACCUAUAUUUGUAGAUUUGUAUUGGUGGGUUUUGUUCACUGUGAUUCAGAUACUGUCCACUAAAAUAUUUGUUAUCACAGUUGAGGCCAAGCUCGUUCUGGACACUUUUUCUGAAUGUUUGUUAAUUUUUACCAAUCCUUUAUUUUUUUGUGUGUCUGAGACCAUUGCUGGAGGAAUAAUACCCUACUAUAUUUAUAUGCACAAUUGAAAAACUGAAUACCUUAAUGAACUUUAUGAGUUACCAUCUUUUACUUAUGUCAGUUCAUAAUGUAGAGGGCUGUGUCCAGUAGACAAGCUAUACUUUAAAGCCAUAGAAGUAGGAUGAGAAUGAGACAUUUCCAAUCAACUUAAUUCUUGUUCUACAUUGCCCAUUAAAUAAACUUCAUCAUGUGUA